CCUUUUGUAAACAUAAAGGGGGGACAUACGUAUUUCCUCUUGCUUGCUGUGUUAAUUUUCCCCCCAAUUACUACUACCCCAUUUUCCCCCCCUUGUUGCCAUUUUCAUUUCAAAAGAUGAGUUAAGCUAACAACUUUGCGCGCCAACCUCCAAGUAAACUCCACUCGUACGAAAGAAUCCUCUUGUGAGGAUCAUUUUUUUUGUCUAUGUUGGAAUGAGCACGAUGGAGAAUGACAAGGGGGGCGGCCAGGUCAAGGUCGACAUGAAGGAACAUCAGUGGAGAAUAUUCGAAUACAACAUGAGCAAAUGGAUGAUCGAAAAUAAGUACAUUUUGGAUAAGGAAGAAAAGAAGAAGUUUUACAAGUGUGCAAAUUAUAGUAUAGGAACUGGGAUUAUAAAUGCGUCUUUAGUGUACUAUUUUUGCAAAAGGAACCAGAAAUUUUUCAGUCCUAUGUCCAGAUUUUUUUUAACCUUUUCCUUGGGUGUGUACACCUCCAUGGUGGUGAACAAAAUUUUCAGGCGGAAGGCCUACAUGGAGAUCCUGACGGAGAAGACCACCAUGACUGAUAAGGCGAGAGAAGUAAUGAAUGAUAUCUUGAAUGUGAAGGACGAAGUUGGAAAAGUGCCAUCCACGGGAAGUGCCAACAGGAUGGACAGUACGAGCACGUCGAAUGUGUAUUCCAAGGGCCCCUAUGAUGACAGACAGGCGCAGAUACAUGAGGAUUCCCCGUCCACGGGAAAUAAAUGA